AUGUCAAGAUGUUUUCUCUUUAAUGAAGACUGUCACUUUGUUCCUGCUUGGAUUCAAAUCCAUGGGUUGCCGCCAGAUUGUUGGACGCAAAAGGUGCUAAACAUGAUUGGUUCGAAGGUUGGAAAACCGUUGUACACUGAUAACUUAACACGUACAAGGGACCGUUUGGAGUAUGCUAGACUCUUGGUGGAAAUUCUAGCCAUUGGAGAGAGGGUGUAUGAGGUUCCCAUCACUUUGCCUACUGAAGUUCAAGUUGACCUCCGUAUCAUUUAUGAAAGCUUAUCGGAUUUCUAUAAAAUGUGUAAAAGAUUGGGUCAUCGUUUGGACACUUGCCGUCGAAGUGAUGGCUUGGCGGGGCAGCAAGCAAAUCGAUCAGGAGAUAAUGUGCAAAAUGGUGCCAAUGAGAAGCAGCAAUGGAGACCAAGGUCACAAUCAACAAGGGGAUGGGGGAGAACAAGAACGAGACUCCAAGAUGAUGUUGACCACAAUGUUGAAGUCCAAAAUGUUGAAGACGUUGGUGAUCAUGCUGGAGACCAAGUUGUUAACCAAAAUGUUGCCCACGAUGUUGAAGACAUUGGUGUCCAAGGAGAAGCUACUAAAAACGUGGAAGUCCAAAAUAUUGAAGCUCAUGAAGUUGUUGACCAUAUCGUGGAAUUCCAGAAUGUUCAAGUCCAAGAUGUUGUUUAUCACAUUGGUAUCCAAGUUGUUGACCAUGAUGGAUUUCAUGUUGACCACGUUGGCAUUCAAGGAGCUAUUGAGGUUGCUACCAAAGAUGACAUUGCAAAUUAUCCACCUUUUGUCAACACAAGGGCGGUUGAAGAACUCCAAUAG